GCGCGCGGUAGACGUUCUGGACGUGGAGCUCGGUUUCCGCGGCUCCAGAGCCCAGCAUGGCCUCCUCACGACCGUCCUCCACGCAGGCAACCAAACCUUCUAAGGCACCUGAUGACUUAGUUGCUCCCCUUGUGAAGAAACCUCACAUCUAUUAUGGAAGUUUGGAAGAGAAGGAGAGGGAGCGGCUGGCCAAAGGAGAGUCUGGAAUUUUGGGAAAAGAAGGACUUAAAGCAGGAAUCGAAGCAGGAAAUAUUAACAUAACCUCUGGAGAAGUGUUUGAAAUUGAAGAGCACAUCAGCGAGAGGCAGGCGGAAGUCUUGGCGGAGUUUGAGAGAAGGAAGCGAGCCCGGCAAAUCAACGUUUCCACGGAUGACUCGGAGGUCAAGGCUUGCCUCAGAGCCCUGGGGGAACCCAUCACGCUAUUUGGAGAGGGCCCCGCGGAGAGAAGAGAACGAUUAAGAAAUAUCCUGUCAGUGGUUGGUACUGAUGCCUUAAAAAAGACCAAAAAAGAUGAUGAAAAAUCUAAGAAGUCCAAAGAAGAGUAUCAGCAGACCUGGUACCAUGAAGGGCCAAAUAGCCUAAAGAUCGCCAGGCUCUGGAUUGCCAAUUACUCACUGCCCAGGGCAAUGAAACGCCUGGAAGAGGCUCGUCUCCACAAGGAAAUACCGGAGACAACGAGGACCUCUCAGAUGCAAGAGCUGCACAAAUCUCUUCGGUCUUUGAACAACUUCUGCAGUCAGAUUGGUGACGAUCGGCCUAUCUCCUACUGUCACUUUAGUCCCAAUUCUAAGAUGCUGGCCACCGCUUGCUGGAGUGGGCUCUGCAAGCUCUGGUCUGUUCCCGAUUGCAACCUCCUUCAUACUCUUCGAGGCCAUAACACAAACGUCGGAGCGAUUGUAUUCCAUCCCAAAUCCACAGUCUCCUUGGACCAGAAGGAUGUCAACCUGGCCUCAUGUGCUGCUGACGGUUCUGUGAAGCUUUGGAGCCUGGACAGUGAUGAACCGGUGGCAGAUAUCGAGGGCCAUACAGUGCGCGUGGCCCGCGUGACGUGGCACCCCUCAGGACGCUUCCUGGGCACCACCUGCUAUGACCGCUCCUGGCGUUUGUGGGAUUUGGAGGCUCAAGAGGAGAUCCUGCAUCAGGAGGGCCACAGCAUGGGUGUGUAUGAUAUUGCCUUCCAUCAAGAUGGCUCUUUGGCUGCCACUGGGGGACUGGAUGCCUUCGGUCGAGUUUGGGACCUGCGUACGGGACGUUGCAUCAUGUUCCUAGAGGGCCACCUGAAGGAAAUCUAUGGGAUCACCUUCUCCCCCAAUGGUUACCACAUCGCAACGGGCAGUGGUGACAACACCUGCAAAGUGUGGGACCUGCGACAACGGCGCUGUGUCUACACCAUCCCUGCCCAUCAGAACUUGGUGACUGGAGUCAAGUUUGAGCCUACCCACGGGAGCUUCUUGCUCACUGGCGCUUACGACAACACGGCCAAGGUUUGGACCCACCCAGGCUGGUCCCCCCUGAAGACUCUGGCUGGCCAUGAGGGCAAAGUGAUGGGCCUGGACAUCUCUUCCGACGGGCAGCUCAUAGCCACUUGCUCAUAUGACAGGACCUUCAAGCUCUGGACGGCUGAAUAGACGAGGCUGUGGACGCAGGACUCUGGAACAUCAAGCUCUACAUUAAGGGCCAUUUUCUUCAAAAGAAAGGAUUGGUGUGUUCUGUCCUAUCAUGUUCUUUGGUCUGGUUUGGUUUUGGUUUGAACCACCUACCAUGUGUAUAGACCUUCAGUAGAAUUUUAAUGUCAGCCCUCAUUCCUGGCAGGCAGCCUAGUCCCUAGGGGAUGAUGUCCCCCCUUGUUGAAAUUUUAAUUUUCAUCUUCAGGCCCUGGCAUGAAUUUUAUAAACCUCGUUUUUAUAAUCCUUCAUUUGAAUGCCCUGUUGCCUCCCACACAAUACUCAGGACUGUGACUGACUUCCUCCCUUUUUCAUUCCUGAAAUGUGGCUCUCUGUGCCGUGGCACAUGCGGCAGGACUGCCUGGCACCCAGCUAGCCAGGGGGCUGCUCUGUUUCCUCAAAUCCCUCCAGGAAGGGGGUCCCUGACCGCACACUCGUGAAACAGUGCCUGCCUGGACACAACUCGGCCUCUCUUCCACCGUGAGAAGGGGUGCAGCAGCCGGCCGUGAGGGUGCCGAUGGCUCUGCAGGAAAGCAGACUUCACCUCUUCCUGUUGGGUUCACUGGGGAUGCCAGCGCGUCCGGAAGCUCCGCCCUGGAUGUUUGCCUUGUCAGACCAGGUCUCACUUGGCUGUGUGUUUGGUGCUACCCACAGGCCACCGUGUCAGGAUUCAAAGAAAUCCAUAGAAAGAAAAUAUGGUGUUUAUUGUGUGAGCUUUUUCGGUUGGAUAAUUAAAAGGUAGUAUCCUU